GCAAUUGGUGACGGUUGCCACAAUAGGGGUGUUUCACGUAAGGAGAUAAAUCCUGCUAUGGAGAUACGCGAGGCACCAGGAAAGGGCAUGGGAGCUUUUGCAGUUCGAGAUAUUCCCAAAGGGUCAUUUAUAGCUGAGUAUGCUGGCGAAAUAAUUAGUAAUGAAGAGAUGAAUCGAAGAAUAGCUGAAAUUACUGCACAUCGUAACGUUGAAGAGAAGCACUACAUGAUGGCAUUGGAUGGGCAGCGAAUUAUCGACUGUAAAGAAAAGGGUAAUGAAGGAAGAAUUGAUACUUUUGGGUUUCUCAAUCACUCAUGUAGUCCGAACUGUAAGGUCGAAACUGUGUACGUGGUCGUCAGCAAAACGAAGCGACCUAACGGAGUAUCUGUGAAGGUUGGGACGUUUUAA